AUGGUUUCCACAACCAGCAAAUCGGAUUCCAAGGACGAAGUGAAACAAACCCUAAACCCCGAAAACCCUAAAAAGCUUUACCAGAUCGGAGGCCUUCAAGUUGAGUUCCCUUAUCAACCGUAUGGAACCCAGCUUGCGUUCAUGAGCCGGGUCAUAUCUACGCUCGAUCGUGCCCAGAGAGACGGUCACUCCCACGCAUUGCUCGAGUCUCCAACUGGUACUGGCAAAUCUCUGUCUUUGCUCUGUUCUGUUCUCGCUUGGCAAAAGAGCUAUCUAUCGCGGUUUUCCAAUGGGAACUUUUCUCAUUUGAAAACGCAGCCUUCAGAUACUACUUUACCUAGCAAUGUGGAGCCACCUGAACCACCAAAUAUUCCCACCAUAUACUAUGCUUCACGAACUCAUGCUCAGAUCUCUCAAGUCAUUCGUGAGUAUAAAAAAACUGGUUACAGAGUGCCCAUGGCUGUAUUGGGUUCUAGGAAACGUUGCUGCACGAAUCGUCAUGUACAAGGGAAAGACAACGUAGACGAAAAAUGUCGGUUGCUCCUAAAAGAUAAGAAAAACCCAAAAUGUCCUGAGUUCGAAGGUGCCGCUCGCAUCUUAGCUUACCCAUCACUUAGGCAAAACGGGCACAAUGGGGUUCAUGACAUUGAAGACCUUGUAAAAAUUGGGAAAACUGUUAUAGGCUGUCCAUAUUUUGCUUCCAGGAAAAUGUUGGAGGUUGCAAAAUUGGUUUUUUGCCCUUAUUCAUAUAUAAUUGAUCCUGUAAUUCGAGGAGGAAUAAAUCUAAAAGGAGCCAUUAAGCUUCUGAAACCUUGUUACAAUAUGGAAGACAUUGCUCGUGAAGCAGGAAGCAUUAACUUGGAAGAAGAUAUUAUUAUCAAAUUGCGGAAUGAACUAGAAAAGUUGAGUGACGAUGAGCCAGAGUUCUAUGAACCCUUGUAUGAAGUAGUAGAGGGAUUGAUAAGUUGGAUUGGAAGUAAAAAAGAUUCAUUAGCAAAACGUGAUUCUGAGCACUAUUUCUCUAACUGGACUGGAGACAGAGCUUUGAAAGAGCUCAAGGAAUUCAAUAUCACUCCAGAGUACUUGCCACAAUUACAGGCGUGUCUUGAUCAAGCGAUCACAAAAUCAGAGGCAGCAGAGAUGGACCCUGAUAAGCCUUAUUUGAGUGGGAUAUCUGUCACGACACUAGAAGAGUUGUUUGCUACACUUACAUACUUCUUUUCCAAAAACGGAAGUCACGUCCUAGAUUACGAAAUGGGUUUACUACGGUCUGCUAGGAGAGGUACAAGAGAUACUGGUUGGACGCAUACGUUCAGUUUGUGGUGCAUGAAUCCCUCUGUUGUAUUCAAAGACUUAGCUGAUCUUUCUUUAUCCAUCAUUUUAACAUCUGGGACUUUGUCACCGAUGAAUUCUUUCUCAUCUGAACUUGGGUUGCCGUUUGCCACUUGUUUAGAGGCUCCACAUGUGAUUGAUCCUAAUCUGCAGGUGUGGGCGGGUGCAAUCUCCAGUGGUCCUGGUAAUUAUCCUCUAAAUGCAAGUUAUAAAACAGCUGAUGCAUAUGAAUUCCAGGAUACUCUAGGGAAAUCCUUGGAAGAAAUUUGCAACAUUGUACCAGGUGGAUCUCUGGUAUUCUUUCCAAGCUAUAAGUUGAUGGAAAAACUCUGCACGCGUUGGCGUGAAACUGGACAAUGGUCUCGGCUCUGCUUGAAAAGGGAUCUUUUCAUCGAACCAAGAGGAGGAGCCACGGACGACUUCGAAACUGUUCUGAAGGAAUAUUAUGAUUCGAUAAGCGGAAAGAACAGAUUGAUUGGAAGAAAUAGAAGAGUUAAGAAAGCAGGUUCUGUUGUAACUGAGGCUCAAGAUGAUUACAAGAAAGGAUCUGCAUUUCUUGCAGUAUGUAGAGGAAAGGUUUCAGAAGGGCUUGAUUUUUCUGAUGAAAAGGCCAGGGCAGUGAUAAUUGUUGGCAUUCCAUUUCCAAACUUGCACGAUAUUCUAGUCGAACUAAAGCGAAAAUAUAAUGAUACAUACAAAUCAUCUAAAAACCUUCUUGGAGGCGGUGAAUGGUAUUGCCAACAGGCGUAUCGUGCUUUAAAUCAAGCAGCAGGGAGAUGUAUCCGGCAUAGGUUUGAUUAUGGUGCCAUCAUAUUCUUGGAUGAGCGAUACAGACAACCAAGGAACAGAGCGUCUAUUUCAAAGUGGCUAAGGCAGUCUAUCAAGCUGUAUGAUAAUUUUGAAGCUUCUAUGGAAGGAUUAAGAUAUUUUUUCAGCAGUGUCAAGGAGCAAGUUAACAGUAAGAUGUUAGAGUCCCAUGAGCAGAACUUAUCUUCUGAAAACCAAAGCAAAGAAUUCAUAAAGAAAGAGAAUCAGAUUCAGAACAAUUCUAGUCAUGUGGAACCAAAGGAUAUUGCAAGUAGGAGGGUGGUGAACGUGGAGGACUAUACAAGUUCGAAUCCAAGAUACUCUUUUACGAACGAAGUUUUAAUUCACAAUGAUGUGAAACCAAAAAUAGCUUUACGUUCGAGAUCUAUGCGGCUUCCUGAAUCAUAUCCAGGUUACGUACCUGCUGCUCACACAUUCAUUCAAGUUAAAAAGGAAACUGAAUCCUUUAAAGGAGUCAUUGAUCUUGACUGCGAGGUCCAGACUGAGCCUGGGUACUGUGAGGUUUCGUCGGUGACCAACUGUGAUGAAGAUCCAGAAACAUCUUCUGUCUCUGGUAUUGCAACCGCGAGUCCAGGUUCUAGCUCGAAGAAUGAAAGCUCUAGCCUAGCAACAGGUCUGAGAUCUAUGAAGUCUCCUGAUCAAUUCUUAAAAAGGCAUAUAUCUACUGAAAAUUUCAGAAAAUCUCCUCUUGGUACUGAAUCGUCUGUUCUAGUAACCCCAGAGAGAUAUUCCAUUGGUGGUGAUACACGUAAUUCGAUUCUAGAAGCAGAGUCGCCUUUGAACAUGAGUGUUAAUUCCAAUGCCUUGAAGAGAAGAAAGUUUAGUAGCUCACCAGUCAUCAUUGACCUUGAAGAAGAAGAAUACAGUAAUGCUCCUAGUACUGAACCUGCGGAUCAUACAAAUUUUACAAGGAAAAUUGAAUUUGGGUUUGGUAGUACCGAAUCAAGAUCCCAAAACGAAAAUACAUAUGCUUUUCAGGAAGUGAAUCAGAGAGUGAUGAGGAUAUCUUGUUCACUUUGUAGAAGUUCAUUAGGUCACCCUGAGAACGACUCGCAUCCCAAAUGCUUGUUGACUUCGUCGUCCAAGGCGUAUUUGCUGUCUCUUCUGAAAGAAGCAUCAGGUAUUGCUGCUCAAGAAGAAAUGCCAACGAGUGUUUCAGUUAUCAUGACAGAUUGCUCAUUGGUUAAUCAGAGACUGUGCACAAAUUCUGAAAGCUCAAAAGGUCAGGGAAUUUGGUGCCAGAAAGAUGGAUGUGUUUACAAUACUAUAUUUUGCCCUUUCUGUAGUGUCCCAAACACCUGCCUUGGAGUGCAAGUCAUGGCUACAAAUUCAUCAAACGUCCAGCUUAUGAGCAAAAUUUUGUUCUUUGCUGAUCAUCUAGAAGUCAAGAAUGAUGAUGCAAGCAAGGAAACAGCGUUAAAGCACAAGUUUGGAACAAAUGGAGAUGCGAAAGAUGUUGAAAUAGAAGUGAAGUUGUUUUAA